AUGCUUCAGCAGCCGGAUUUGUUAGCAAUCCUGCAAGCUUGGAAGAUGUUGUGCACUGGACCCUUUUCGAGCCCCAAAGCAUCCUAUGCCUUGCUUGCAUUUCACAAGUCCAUUGUGGAUUAUAGUCUAUUGAGGCUUCUUUGGUGCGGGUGGGCUACCUACGUAGAAGCAAAAGCUCGAUUGACAACAGGAAGCUCAAAGGCCACCUCCUUGCUGAAGAAGCUCAGAAAUUGGUGCACGCUUUCGCAUGUUUUCUCCGAUUGGCAAGCUGCCACAGCAAAGGUGAAGGCUGCAGUUUGUGAAGAAGGGCUCCGCUGCGGCAGGUUCGCAGCAGGGCACUGGAUCCGAGAGCUGGAGAAAGCUGAUCUCAGUCUAGUCCUGCUUGCGUGGCGCUUUUGCCAUAGCGAACAAGUGCUGUACGCGAAGCUACAGAGGCUAUUCGCAAGCAAAGAGCGACAAGUAACAGACCACUCCAGACUCAAAGCAGAGCGAUCUCUUCGUGCUGCAUCUGCGGCGGUUCUUCGGAGCCGGAGGAACACAAACUAUUUACUGUACUUCAUGGCCUGGCGUGACGCUGUGGAUAAACAUGAAGAGGCUUUGCAAAAUUCCGAGGCGCAGCACGCAGCUGCAUAUCGACAAGGUGCUUGCAAGGCGGCAACACUUCUCCAAGACGAGCCAUGUGCGCCAUUGACAUUUCGGCGAGGAGCUUUGCUGCAGCUUUGCUGGGGCGCCUGGCGCAACAGCAGUGCAGGCAAACUACUUUGGACUUUGAGAUCUGUGUUCAGGGCCCACGAAGCACAAUCCAUAGUACGGACAACGUUUUCAGCUUGGAAGCACGAGUGCAGGACAUGCCAAAGUCUGCUGAGGGAUGAACAGUCAAAGGUCAAGUUCGUGCGGCUGUGUUUGGCAGCUGCUUUCUUUGGCUGGCAACUAGUGUCCUCCGCUUCAAGCUUCUUGCGCAAAGUCGUACAGGCCACUGCUGACGCUAGAUGUCAAGCGGCCAGUGUAGAGGUGUUGUCCGUGGUGGUGAAGGAAUGGGGGGUGCUGACCAAAGAAGUUCGUGCCACUCCAACUCAAAUAAAGAAGGCAAUGCUUCAGCAGCCGGACCUGUUUGCAAUUCUGGAAGCUUGGAAGAUGUUAUGCGCUGGGUCUUUUGCAAGUUGCAGCGCAUCUUGUGCGUUGCUUGCCUUUCACAAAUCCGUUGUCGAUUAUAGCUUCUUGCGGCUUGUUUGGUGUGGAUGGGCCACCUACGUUGAAGCAAGAGUACAUUUGAUGACCAGAUGUUCAAAGGCUACAUCCUUGCUGGAAAAGUUCAGGAGGUGGACCACACUGGCGCAAGCUUUCUCCAAUUGGCAAGCUGUGAAAGCUGCUGGAGUGCUUCGCUCCGGCAGGCUUGCAACAGCAGAGCACUGGACACGAGAGCUAGAGAAAGCUGACCUGAGCCAAGUCCUGCUGGCCUGGCGCUUCUGCCAUAGCGAACAAGUGCUGUACGCGAAGCUACAGAGGCUAUUCGCAAGCAAAGAGCGACAAGUAACAGACCACUCCAGACUCAAAGCAGAGCGAUCUCUUCGUGCUGCAUCUGCGGCGGUUCUUCGGAGCCGGAGGAACACAAACUAUUUACUGUACUUCAUGGCCUGGCGUGACGCUGUGGAUAAACAUGAAGAGGCUUUGCAAAAUUCCGAGGCGCAGCACGCAGCUGCAUAUCGACAAGGUGCUUGCAAGGCGGCAAAACUUCUCCUUGAAAACGGGCAAUGCUUUUUGCAGACAUUUCGAGGAGGAGCUUUACUGCGUUUUUGCUGGGGUGCCUGGCGCAACGGCUAUGCAGGCAAGCUACUUCGGACUUUGGGAUCAGUGUUCAGAGCCCAUGAAGCGCAAUCCAAAAGAUGGAUGGUAUGGGUGACGCUUUCAGCUUGGAAGCAAGAGUGCUGCAAGAGCUCGCUUCUGGCAGAAGAGUCUGUGGCCUUGGUCGCAUCCACUCGCCUGUCCAAAAAGUACUAUUUCACCGCGUGGCAGGCCGCUACGCAGCGCCGGGUUGCCGACGAGUCAGUGGAGGCUCUGUCGCGUCAGCUUGCGGAGGGAAUGCAGAUUGCUGUUGCGUGCACUUCUGCAGCCUUGAAGCAAGGCUACAGUUUGCUGCUUCAGCAUGCCUGGGAUGCUUGGAUUCAGGCUUUGCCUCGGAUGCUUCGCCUUACCACUUCAGGGGCCUUGUCUGUGCCACCGUUGCCCUUAAAGACAUCAUGGCGGAGAGAGGAUUUGAGCUUGCAAAGAGCCAUGCUGCUCGCCUGGCAUUCGGCAGCUGUGGUGGAAGUGUUGCCGGCCAAGCUGGCACAUGAAGUGAGACUGCAAAUAUCUCCUUUGAGGGCAUCGUGGCUAAGAGAGGACUUGCAGUUCCAGCGGGCCAUACUAUUCGCUUGGCACAUGGCGGUGCUCGUGGUUGAGUAUUCAUCCGACUUGCGGCUGCUUCAGCAGCGGUUGACGUCUGCUGCAUCUCAUGUCUUCCGCGUGACGACAUGCCAGCAGGCCGAGCAGUCAGAGGGCUGGAUGCGGAGAAUUUUGCUUUGCUGGCGAGUAUCAACCUUGCAGCGGUCACAGGAACAAGUCCGUCGUUUGAUUGGUAGCCUUCAAGCAGCAGAGAAGGUAUCCGAGUCAUCAUGGAGCAGCGAUCAAUCAAGGGCCUCGCAGUUGGUUGAACUGCGUCAGGUGUUCAAUGCCUGGCAGAGAGCAUGCAUGCAGGGCGAGCAAGCUCUGGAGGACGAGCGCAGCUUCAUGCUCCGGGAGCUGACCAGGCUCCAAGAAGAGAGCCGGCAUCGUGCUAUUGAUAUGCUUGAUGUCAUGACUUUGUCCAGAGAAGCAGUAGCUUUGGCAGCAGAGGUACCUCAAUAA